UUCUGCAGUUGCCAAAAUAGUAGGCAAUAAUGUAAAAAAAUUGCAAAAGUUUGCUUCCACGGUGAAGAUGUGGGUCUUCGAGGAGAACAUUAAUGGGAGAAAACUGACGGAUAUCAUAAACAAUGAACAUGAAAAUGUAAAAUACCUCCCUGGAUACAAGCUGCCAGAUAAUGUGGUUGCGGUCCCAAAUCUUAAUGAAGCUGUACAGGAUGCGGACUUGCUGGUCUUUGUCAUUCCUCACCAGUUCAUUCAUAAAGUCUGCGAUGAAAUCACAGGACGAGUACCCAAGAAAGCGCUUGGUAUAACUCUCAUAAAGGGAAUAGAUGAAGGCCCGGAGGGACUCAAACUGAUCUCUGACAUUAUUCGAGAGAAGAUGGGAAUAGACAUCAGUGUGCUGAUGGGAGCCAACAUUGCCAAUGAGGUGGCAGCAGAGAAAUUCUGUGAAACCACAAUAGGCAGCAAAAUCUUGGAAAAUGGUCUUAUCUUCAAAGAACUCCUGCAGACUCCCAACUUCCGAAUAACUGUCGUAGAUGAUGCAGAUACGGUUGAGCUUUGUGGUGCCCUGAAGAAUAUAGUGGCAGUUGGAGCAGGGUUCUGUGAUGGCCUUGGCUGCGGUGACAAUACCAAGGCUGCCGUUAUUCGCCUUGGCCUAAUGGAGAUGAUUGCCUUUGCCAGAUUUUUUUGCAAAGGACAGGUGUCUACUGCCACUUUCCUGGAGAGCUGCGGAGUUGCUGAUCUCAUCACAACGUGUUACGGUGGCCGGAACCGGCGUGUUGCAGAAGCGUUUGUUAAAACUGGAAAGUCUAUUGAAGAAUUGGAGCAAGAAAUGCUGAAUGGUCAGAAACUGCAAGGACCGCAGACUUCUGCAGAAGUGUAUCGCAUCCUCAAGCAGAAAGGAAUGCUGGAAAAGUUUCCCCUGUUCACUGCUGUGUAUCAAAUCUGCUAUGAAGGGAAGCCUGUCAGAGAGAUGAUAUCCUGCCUUCAGAGCCACCCGGAGCACAUAUAAAAUCAGUCGGGACGUCGUAUUCGUGCAGCUUGCUGCCUUCCAAAUUGAUACCUGGCUUCAGGUGGACCCUGUCGCGAAGCUUUGUUCAAAGCUGCUCACUGGGCAGCAGGAGCAACGUGAACGUCUCCGAAUGGGUAUUGGGUUUUGGGUUUACAGCCUGGUUUG